AGGGGGCAGAAGGCUAAGUUAGCAGUUAGCUGGAUUCCAGUUCCUGAUCGGCUCCCUUGUUGCUCUCUUGGUGUUUCUGCUGUUAUUUCUUAAAUCUUCUUCCUAUUUUAACAUGAAAUCAGUGUUUUAUCUGUCAGUGUGAACUAGAAGCAGCUCCACAGAGAUGAGAACAUCCCGCAGAGACUCUGAGCGGAGCUAACGAUGCUAACUGACUAGCAGCAGCAGCAGCUUGUUUUAUACUCAGUGAUUCUGGUGAAUGUUGAUGUUCUGAUUGAUUAGCUGCUGCUUUUUGUCCAGUGAUGGUGACAAUAUUUGAUCAGUUCAUUUACAGAACCAAGUGGGUUUUAGUGGAACCGCAUUAACACGGUCCUGGUCUGAUCUCUCUGACAGAAUCUAAACAGCUGAUUGAGAAUCUUCAUCCAGAGCUGGAAGUGAGAGGAUGAGGAGCUGAGGCACUUCAAGAUGCGGACCCCCGCAGGGAGGGAGGAGACCAGAGGAGGGUCAGCUGCUGCUGAAGGUCACGCUGAGGUGGUCCGCUUCCUGCUGGAGGCCUGUAAGGUCAACCCGGUCCCCAAGGACAGGUGGGGCAACACGCCGAUGGACGAGGCGGUGCACUUCGGCCAUCACGACGUGGUCACCAUCCUCAGAGACUACCACACCCAGUACAGCCCUCAGGAUGCCGCGCCACCGCCGCCGACUCGCAGAGCGCCGAGAAGAACCUGGACGGCAUGCUGUGACUUCCUGGAGGCUCCUUCAAAAAAGGAGGAUCAUUCCAGAAGUCGGGUCAGAACCGGCGGGUAGUGGGGUCAAAGGUCACUGAGGAAGCACAAAGCUGCGGCGCGGUCCGCGCUGCAGCUCUUUGGAUCAUGUGACGUUUUGUUUCUGAAUGUAACGUUUUGUUCUGGUUCUUCUUCUUGUGUAUUUAUGCCGCUGAGCCACCAGCAGAUAUUUAUCCAAAUAAAAACUAAAUAUAUAAAAACAAACUGAAUUCCUGUCAUUUAAUUCCUAAUAAUUUCAUCUGACAUUCAGGAAUUAAAACAACUGCUUCUAAAUGUUUCUGACUUUCCAGACUUUUUAUUUUAUGUUUUAUAUUUUCAAACGUUUCUUUUUUAUAUAUACAAAUUUUAUAUGUCAUUAGAGUCGGUUGUGUUUUAACUAAACCUCAUUUUAUUUUUU